AUGUCUAAUAAUGCUGAACUUAAGUUACUGAAAUUGGUUUCGGAAGUUUUGAAGUUCGUGGCCAGAAAACUCUUCCCAAAUAAUGCAGCAUAUACUGCUAAGAUAGCAAAGAUUCGUGAAUCAUACAAGAAUAAACAAGCUCUUUUAGACAAACUUGAGGCCCUCUUCGAGUUGUAUUAUAAUGUAACUAAGGACUCAUUAACAGGUCCUCCAAAGCAAGCUGUCACUAUGAAUGAGGCUGAGAAAACAUUAGCAGAACUUCUUGCAUAAGCGGCUCCUGUACAAAUUUAGUUUAUAUUUUUUAUCCAUUUGUAAUGG